GAAAAUCUACUCAGGGAGAAUGACAGGUGGUGGAAGGAAACAAAUGAAGAGGCCUUUCAGUAAGAUUGGAGGAAAAAGAACAAAGAACUUUGAGCACAGUCAGAACUGUGAUUCAGAUACUUCUGAAACAUAUGAAUAUCUAAGACCAGGAAGCUAUAAAGUACCGAUGAAACAUUCUGCUGAGGUGCACAACAAAACUUACAAUAGUGAGGGACUAUACCACUCUUCUUUUAAACCAGAUUCUGCUGGUGGAAUUAAUAACAAAAAAGUCCUGAGUGAGAUAAAAACAUGUUUUUCAAAAAAUGCAACUGUUGACAUGCCACACAAAACAGACAGUAAAAUUCAACAGAACGACAUUCUUCAUCACAAGUCAGUUUCUGGGGAUGAUAAUGUAAUGGAAAAGAUGGACAAAACAAACUCUUUGGUGCCUAGCUACCCAAAACACACAAGCAAUGGCAAGAGACCGACUGUGUAUUGGAAUAAGAAUGAGCAUCAACUACCAAGGUGUCAUUCAUAUUACAAUGCAAGGCAAAGAGAAAGAUUCUGUCAUAGAAGAACGGAAAACAGAAAUAGGAAUACAUCAGUUUCUUGUCUGAAUAGUACAAUGAUGAAUGCUUUUGAGAACCAAAUUCCAGUUAUGGAAAACAGUCAAAACUUUUCAAUUAUGAAAAAAUGCAAGCUUGAAAAUAAUACAUUUACUGCAAUGUAAUGUAAGUAUGAAGAGCAGGUGACACAUACUGCAAUCAGAUAAAGAAAUCCUUCAGACCUGAAUUAUUUACCUCAUAUUUGACAAGCAUAAUGUCAAUUUUGAAACUAAACCCUGAAUGCUCGUCCAUUGGAAUCUACUUCAUAAUGACAAUACAAUAAAGACUCUUCCU